GCGACGCGACAAAUUUAAAGCACUCUGCGUCACGACAAGGCUACAUCAGCUCUCCUUCACACACUGUUGCGCUUCAUGGUCAAGGCUGCGGCCAACAAGACAACGCCGGCGAGCGUCGCAUCCUUUUUCACGGCUAGGCCGAAGCAGCAAGACAAGCGGCCCAUUGAGAUUGAUGUGCCCGAGACAGACGCCGCCGAGCUUAAAAAGGUCAAGCCAGUAGAGACGGGCGUGCUGUACAGCGAUCUGGUGCAUACAUACAACAAAAUUGAGGCGACAACGAAGCGUCUGGAAAUUGUCAGCUUGUUGACUGCCUUCCUGCUCAAAGUUAUCCAGACAUCGCCCGACGAGCUUCGACAGACUGUCUACCUGUGCAUCACAAAAUUGGCACCAGAUUAUGAGGGUAUCGAGCUCGGAAUAGGGGAGUCACUGCUGCUCAAGGCCAUCGCAGAGUCGACAGGAAGGCCGAUGGACAAGGUCAAAAAGGACUAUGGGAAGCUCGGCGACUUGGGCCUCGUUGCGGCAGCAUCGCGUGGAGUUCAGCCCACCAUGUUCAAGCCAAAGCCACUGACUAUCACAAGUGUCUAUGAUGGUCUCUAUAAGAUUGCCAAUAUAUCCGGUAGCAGCUCGCAGGCGAAAAAGAUCGGCAUCAUCAACAAGUUGCUUGGAGCAUGUUCAGCAGAAGAGGCAAAGUACCUGAUUCGCUCGCUCGAGACCAAGCUUCGAAUUGGCCUUGCAGAGAAGAGCGUACUGACGGCUUUGAGUGCAGCCAUCUUAUCGUCACAAAAGCGGCCUACAGAAGACGCCAUUCAAAAGGGCGAUGCUAUCCUCAAGCAAGUCUACUCUGAGCUGCCUACCUACAAUUUGAUCAUCCCGGCACUCCUCGAACAUGGCUUGGACCGUUUACGCGAGCACUGCAAACUCACGCCUGGUGUGCCACUCAAACCUAUGCUGGCUAAACCAACACGCAGCAUCACCGAAGUGCUGGACCGCUUCGAGGCAGUCAAGUUCACGUGUGAGUAUAAAUACGAUGGCGAGCGAGGUCAAAUUCAUCUCCUGCCCAUUUCAAAGGAUGCAGGCGCGGAUGAGAAGCGCUCACAGACCAAAAUAUACUCCCGCAACAGCGAAAACAUGUCAACCAAAUACCCGGACAUUGUCUCGAGUAUCCCUCGCUUUGUGGCCGAAGGCACGACUUCUUUUGUGCUCGAUGGCGAGGUCGUCGCGUGGGACGUGCAGCAAAAGAAGAUUCUCCCAUUCCAAAUCUUGGCGACGCGCAAGCGCAAGGACGUUAAGGAGGAGGAUGUCAAGGUCAAGAUCUGCUAUUUUGCUUUCGACUUGCUAUACCUCAAUGGUGAGGCCUUGCUGCACAAGUCUCUCCGCGAAAGGCGAGAGCUGCUUCGCGGAGCAUUCAAAGAGGUUGACGGGGAAUUCAUCUUUGCAAAGGCCUUUGAUGGCGAGACGGCAGACGAGAUCCAAAUGUUUUUGGAACAGAGUGUGAAGGACUCCUGCGAAGGACUCAUGGUCAAAUUGCUGGACGGACCAGACUCUGCUUACGAACCCUCCAAGCGCUCUCUAAGCUGGCUCAAAGUCAAGAAGGACUAUCUCAACGGCGUUGGUGACACUCUCGAUCUUGUUGUGAUUGGCGCCGAUAUUGGCAAGGGCAAACGGACCAACUGGUAUGGUGCCUUCUUGCUGGGCUGUGUCGCCAAUGAGGGCGAAGAGAUUCAGUCCAUCGCUAAGAUUGGCACAGGCUUCUCGGAGGAACAGCUCGAAAUGCUUCACAAGCUGCUCAAGCCAAGUGAGCGCGCCUCGCCCCCCGGACAUGUGGUUUAUGAUGCAGGCCAAAAGGGCGCUGCUGAAGUGUGGUUCGAGCCAUCGGUUGUGUUUGAAGUGCUGGUAUCUGACUUGACACUUUCGCCGGUGUACCGCGCUGCAGCUGGAAUCGUCAACCCUGUAAAGGGCAUCAGUCUGCGAUUCCCGCGCAUGUUGCGAGUGAGGGAUGACAAGACCGUAUCUGAAUGUACGACGGCCGAACAAGUUGCUGAGAUGUACGAGGCGCAAGCCGCUGCACAGCAACACAUGCAAGAGGAUGAGGAUUAGACAUGUUCAUACGACUAAUUCGCACACAAUUGAAGUGGUAAAUGCAU